ACGAAGAAGAACCAGAAAGCUAAUUCACUUCCUCUCAAAUGCGAGCAAGUCGGGACAUGUUUACAGAGCAUGUUACUGUGAGAUGCCGGGAACUGCUACUCGUGGGAUGUUAUUCGGUAGAUGUGUGAAGCUCCUGUGUGCUCACGGCGCCAGGUCAUCGUCGUUGUCGCCGUCUGUGGCUGUGUGGACCAAAGGGCUGAGGACUCCGGCCGCCGCCACAUUCACACCGGGUCAGAGUAGAGCAGUACGGACGGCUGUCACGGGGAAACUAGUGCGGAAUGGAGAGGACAAGAAGGCAGUGAUCUGUAUCGAGGGUAACAUCGCCAGCGGGAAGACGACAUGUCUGGAGUAUUUUAGCAAAACCAGCAACAUAGAGGUCCUAACAGAACCAGUUUCUAAAUGGAGGAACGUUCGUGGGCACAAUCCUUUGGCUCUGAUGUACCAGGAUCCGGAGCGCUGGGGCAUCACACUGCAGACCUACGUGCAGCUCACCAUGCUGGACCGACACCUGUCCUCCAUUGCUGCUCCUAUCAGGAUGAUGGAGAGGUCCAUCUUCAGUGCCAAGUACAUCUUUGUAGAGAAUCUGUACAGAAGUGGGAAGAUGCCAGAAGUGGACUACGCCGUCCUCAGCGAGUGGUUUGAUUGGAUCACGACAAACAUAUCCAUUCCUGUUGACCUGAUUGUCUACCUGCAGACGUCUCCUGAGACCUGCCAUGAGAGGCUGAAGCAGAGAUGUCGAGAGGAGGAGAAGGUCAUUCCACUGGAGUAUCUGGAGUCCAUCCACCAGCUGUAUGAAGACUGGCUCAUCAAACGGACCUCGGCCCCUCUUCCUGCUCCUGUUCUGGUGAUCCCUGCUGACCAUGACCUCCAGAAGAUGCUGCACCAUUAUGAAGAAAAUCGAGAAAAGAUCCUCUCGGCAAGCUACCUCUGACAGCAGAACUAGUUACACACACAUCAACAUAGAAGAUCUUCUGAAGGCGUAGGCAGUGAUCCAACAGUGGAUUUUUUUUUUUUUGCUGCUUACUGACCAACAUGAGCAUUCCACUGGCGCUCAGCUUUUUAUGGAAACAUGGUUAACACCAACUGAAAACCUGUUUGUGAUGAAAAUGCAUUAACAUGCUCCUCAAACUGAACUAUUUUUUCACUCUACAUUACAUGCAGUUUCUUUAUUGUGAUUUGUUUCAUCUAGUUAUUUAUAAGUGAGGUUUUUAUAUCACUGUGUAAUGUAAUAUGACACACCAAUAUGUUUCUCCUGUUACAGUUUUUUGGGAAUGUAGUCAGUUUACAGUGUAAAGACUAGUAUUUUUCCUUCAAUUGUUCAAAAAUUCAAAAAGUGCAGCACCCAAGAUAUUUGGGAUAAAAUCCAGAUCUAAUCUUUUCUUUUGCAAAUUUUUUUUUUCAGUUUUUUUUUUUUUUUUCAGAUUUUGUACACAGAUUUAGCAAUGGCCACAAAUUAUGUGAAACUAUAUUUUUAAUUAAAAAACUUAAGCACCUAAGAGUUCAACAAACCCAGGCAGCCUCAGUAAACACAGGAAAACUCUGCUUGAUGCAUCAAUAUGUAAAUCUGCAGACUCCAGACUCUGAGGCACCACUGAGACAUGGACCUGCUAUAAACCCUCCUGGAAGUUUUUGAUUCAAUUCACAUUUCUUCCAUUUCUAGUAACUAAUCUUACAAGUGACAGUACUUCAACAAAGAAACACAUCAAUACUGCUGAGUUUCUUCAGCAUAUGUAACACUUAUCAGCUCGACGAGUUUCCAUUCUGAAAUGUCCUCUAUCAAAGGCUUCCCAAGACGGAAGAAAAUCUUAUGUAAUGACCAGUAGACUUUUGAGUUUGGUAUAUUUUUUUUCUUUGUUUUUUAAGAAAUUCUUCAUUAAAGUAAAGCCAUGUUAAGCACUAUGAAGUUAAUGGGGUGAUUGCGAAUGUACACAUUCCAUUACUGUCAAGCGAUUUUAUUGUGCAUUUGUUUUUAUUAAGACUGCAUUCUUUACUGAAACCUGGGCUUAGUUCAAUAAAGUAUAGUUACUUUGAAGA